AUGGCAAAAGGAUCAUCCUCGAAACCAAAAGCUCCAGCAGCUCCACCGCCCAAACACGUAGAGGACGAUUACCUAGAUAGUGAUUCUGAGGUAGAUGAAUUUGCGGAAAAUUACGAUUCACAGGAGGACAGUCAAAGCGAACAGCCUGGAUCGGGGGAGGAAGAAGAGGAAGAAGAGGAAGGUACGGGUAGAUGGGAGGCUGAUGACUGGGAUGAAAAUGAUGAUAAUAGCGAUAGCGAAGGAGGCAGUCAGGAUGAUAGUGAUCAAGAGGACAACGAUGAGGAAGAUGUGCAGUUGAAACAAUUGCAGAAUGACCUCACCUCCCUCCCAUUAUCAACCUUAGUCAAAGCUCAGAAAUCAUUAUCGUCCUCCGCCAAACAACGAUCAUCUUCUUCCUCGUCAGCAUCGUCAAAAGAAGAUAAACUCUUAGCUAUCAAAGCGAAAUUGGCGCAAUUGCAGAAAGGUAAAGGGAAAGCUGCGGCAGUAGAUCCCUACUCUGGAUCGACAUCGACUAGACAGGUCGACGAUGGAGGAAGUGAUGGAGAUAGCGCCAGUGAUAGUGAUAGUGGUCCUGAGCAAGGUAGUACAAAGAGGGGACACAAACAUGCACCAACCGCAAUGAGCACGAAGAAGCAAGUGUCAAGAAAUCGACAAGUCGUAGACGUACAUAAACCUCAACGACGUGAUCCUCGCUUCUCCUCUGUUUCAGCAGGAAACCUCGAUGCCCAUCUCCAUUCAGCUUCCUACUCAUUCUUACCAUCAAUGUUGAAAGAAGAAUUGACAGCCCUUAAAACCGCUUUAGCCCAAGCACAGAAGAUAGAAAGGACUUGUCCAUGGGCCGAAAAGGCAGCUAGGACAGCUGAGAGGGAGAAGAUCGAAUUGGAUUUGGGCAGAGUGAGGACGAGGUUGGUGAAGUCCCAGAACGAAGAGAGGGAGAGGAACGUGUUGGCGAAGAUGAAGAAGGAAGAAAGGGAGAAGAGAGAACAAGGAAAGGGAGCUUGGUACAUGAAGAAGAGUGAGAAACGUGAUUUGCUUCUUAAAUCCAAGUUUGAAUCACUUGAAGCGCAGGGCGGGAAAUCCGCUGUUAAAAAAGCUAUGGAGAAGAAAAGAAAGAAGAUUGCUAGUAAGGAGAAGAAAAGUAGACCCUUUGCUAAAGGCAGCGGUGGUGGUGCUGGUGGUGGUGAAGGAGGUGCAAGGAAGAGGCAGAGGAUAUAG